CUGUCUCCAACACCAGGCUGCAUCUAGGAAGUCUGCGGCAGAUCCUCUCUAUAGUGUCUGCAUUGCUCUCCCUCUAACCAUGACGUUGACCACACUUCCUCUCUGCGACAGGUUUUCCAGCAAGGAGGCUCUUCGAGCGGCUCUUUCCUGGCAGCACGACCUCGGCUGAGAUUUCUCAAAUUGCGGAGAUCGUUGCAACGACACCCUGCAGCUCUGCUUAACUUCUUAACUGCUUUCCUCAGCUCUAACCACUCUCAAUCUCACAGCAACCAUGAUGCGGUCAGUUUCCGUGAUAGCGUCGCCAUUGAGGCGGAUCGGUCCGGUUACGGUGUGCCAGGGUUCCCGAAGAGGUUUCUCGAACUCGCAGAAUUUGCAAGCAACUUGGGGUUUCAUAGGGCUUGGGCGAAUGGGGUUUCCUAUGGCAAGGAACCUUAGGGCGAAGCUCCCCUCCCACGACGUGCUCUUCAUUCAAGAUGUAAACAAAAACGCCACCAAAAAGUUCUUGGAAGAGAAUCCUGAGGGUGUUCGCAUCGCUGACAAUGUUCGAGAGGUUGCCGAGAAAUCUGAAACUAUUAUUACUGUUCUCCCCGAGCCGCACCAUGUCGCCGGCGUUUAUAAGCAAAUGAUAGAACCACCUAGCCUUUUAAGAAAUGGUUUCUCUGCCAAAGAGCGGCUUUUCAUCGACUGUUCAACCAUUGAUCCUAUGACCUCGCGGUCAGUAGCAGAUGCCGCACACUCAUCUGGUCAGGGCAAGUUCAUCGAUGCACCAAUGUCCGGAGGUGUUGUGGGAGCCCAGGCCGGAACUCUCACCUUUAUGAUUGGUGCCCCCGAUGAGAUAGUCGACCGAGCUACUGAGACGCUAUCUAUGAUGGGGCGAAGGGUCUUACAUCUUGGUGACCAAGGCUCCGGUCUUCACGGUAAACUCGCAAACAACUACCUCUUGGCUCUUAAUAACAUCGCUACCGCCGAAGCCAUGAAUAUGGGAAUCCAAUGGGGUCUCGAUCCGAAAGCUCUUGCCAGUAUGAUCAACAUCAGUACAGGCAAGUGCUGGCCAAGCGAGGUCAACAAUCCCGUACCAGGCGUUGUUGAGGGUUCACCUGCUUGCCGCGGUUAUGAAGGUGGCUUCGGGGUCGCUCUUGCGAACAAGGACUUGAAGCUUGCAAUUCAGGCGUGCAAAGAGCAUGGAAUCAAGACAACGCUUGGCGACCAUGCAAAAAUUAUUUAUGACGAAGUAGAAGCGGCAGAGGAUUGCAAAGGACGAGAUUUCUCGGUCGUAUAUAGAUACAUUGGCGGAAAAGAAUAGGCUUCACAUUUUACACAGCGCGAAAGAACGGCGCGAAAGAACAGCGCUUCAGUGCAUCUUCGCUGGAGUCUCGAGUAAGCUCGAUAUGUACUUGAUUCCGGAGUCCCGAUGUCCAGGUAAAACAUAGAUCUUAUCAUGAU